AUGAGAGCAGUUGUAACAUUUAGGAUACUGGAGUUUUGUUUUCUAAUGCGGGGCCGGCGCCUGCUCAGGAGCCCUGCCGCUGUCCCGGGCUGGUGGUGCUGGAUUCGGAGGCGCCUCGCAGAGCAGAGCGUGCGUUUCCCCGCCCUCGCCCCCCUUCGUCGCCGCCGCGGCGCCCCCGCCCGGCUUUCAGGGUUCACUCUCGGUCUCUCACUCCGUGAGACACAGACGGCAGUUUUCCGAGCGAGCGAGCGAGCGAGCGGCGGGCAGGCUGAGGCGGCGCCAGCACAACUGCCGCCGCUUGCCCCGAGAAGACCUCAGCAUCGGGAGAGGAGGCCCUCCAUUCUUUUUCCCUCUCCCUGUAGGGGUACCUCGAACCCACAGACCUCCCCACGCCCCCGCGCGACUCUCUCCGCAGCCACUCCACGGGGCGUGCCAGGACUUGGGGACCCCGCUCAGGCAGAGCCAGGGCAGGAGGCGGCGGCGGCACCGGCGCGGGGGUGCCGGCACGGCCGCCAGAGAGGAGUGAGUGGCGGGCUGGGCGGCGGUGGCAGCGGUAGCGGUGGGGGUCUCCCCGCCUCGCCGCUUCGCAGGCAGCACCGCCUCCCCGGGCCGCGGCCGCCCGGCCGGGUCCUCUGCGCGUUCCCGGCCGCCGCAGCAGCCGCUGCAGUCGCCGCCGCCAGCCCCGCCGAACCAUGUGGUGACCACCAUCGAGAACCUGCCGGCCGAGGGCAGCGGCGGCGGCGGCGGCGGGAGCCUGUCCGCCUCUUCCCGGGCCAGCGUGCGCCAGAGGAUCCGCAAAUAGUCAACAGGGAGAUGUUAAUCUCAGUGGCUCUGGGCCAGGUGUUAUCCCUCCUUAUUUGUGGGAUUGGCUUGACCAGCAAAUACCUGUCAGAAGAUUUCCAUGCCAAUACGCCAGUAUUCCAGAGUUUCCUCAAUUACAUCCUUCUGUUCUUGGUCUAUACCACCACACUAGCCGUCAGACAAGGAGAAGAAAACCUCCUGGCAAUUUUACGACGAAGAUGGUGGAAGUAUAUGAUCCUGGGACUCAUAGAUCUGGAAGCCAAUUACCUGGUAGUCAAAGCUUACCAGUAUACCACCCUGACUAGUAUCCAGCUCCUGGACUGUUUCGUGAUCCCGGUGGUGAUUUUGCUCUCCUGGUUCUUCCUGCUGAUCCGGUACAAGGCUGUGCACUUCAUCGGCAUCGUAGUCUGCAUUCUGGGAAUGGGCUGCAUGGCUGGAGCAGAUGUGCUUGUGGGAAGGCAUCAGGGAGCAGGGGAAAAUAAGCUGGUAGGGGACCUUCUGGUCUUAGGAGGAGCCACACUCUAUGGUAUCUCUAACGUCUGGGAAGAAUACAUCAUCCGAACGCUGAGCCGAGUGGAGUUCCUGGGAAUGAUUGGACUCUUUGGUGCAUUUUUCAGUGGAAUCCAAUUAGCUAUAAUGGAGCACAAGGAGCUGUUAAAGGUGCCCUGGGAUUGGCAAAUAGGACUGCUCUAUGUUGGCUUUAGUGCCUGUAUGUUUGGUCUGUACAGCUUUAUGCCAGUGGUCAUAAAGAAAACCAGUGCCACUUCCGUCAACCUCUCUCUGCUCACAGCAGAUUUGUACAGCCUAUUCUGUGGAUUGUUUCUCUUUCACUACAAGUUUUCAGGACUUUACCUUCUGUCUUUCUUCACCAUCCUCAUCGGGCUGGUGCUCUACUCCUCAACUUCCACGUACAUAGCCCAGGACCCCCGAGUAUACAAGCAGUUCCGCAAUCCUUCCGGACCUGUUGUGGACUUACCAACCACAGCUCAGAUGGAGCCUUCAGUCACCUACACCAGCCUGGGCCAAGAGACCGAAGAGGAGCCCCACGUCCGCGUGGCCUAGGAUG